GAUCUCUUUUUGUGCUUUCUGAUAACUUUCUCUCUCGAGAUCUAUAAAGGCUUACUGUGAUUUCCCAUCCCUAGCGUAACAGAGGUUAACAUAAUAUGAAAAAGUGCAUGAAGGAGGGUAUAUGUGAAAGACCUUUUGUGCCAGAAGGAGCAGGGGGAGGAAAAGAGAGACUUUUGGACAACUGAAUCACAAACUUUUGAUGAGAUGGAUAAGCUAACAAAAGGUCUAUGGAACAUUCACUAAAAAUGCUUUCAUUGUUAUUUUUCUUCUAUUUUUAUUGCUGUGCCUUAUCUUCUAAACAUCUCUUUUUCUGAAGGAAGUUCUCCUGAAAUCUGGCUUUCUUCUAGUUAAACAUGUUUAGGACCAAAGGUUCAGUUGAUUCACCACAUGUAUCUGAACAGAGAGGAAAUCUCAAUUUGGGAUGGUUUGAAUAAUGAAGCUUCAAUAUAACAUAUAAUAAUGAGAGUAAGAAGGAAUGUAUCAAGUCCAAAGUCACACAGUGUGGAAUAUGAUUUCUUGGCUAUUUGCACAAACACAAGUUUAAGAUAAAAGAGUAAUUUAUAAGAUUAGAUCAUGUUUAGUGACUUGAUCAGAUUUUGGGAAUGCUCUAGAUUUUUCUCAGAUUAAACUGCCAGACUAGUACUAUUUACUCAAAUUUGUUCCAGUAGAAUUAAUCCAGAAUAAGCAUUUAUUUUUGUUGUUAAGACUUUGGAUUUUUGAUCAAAGCCUCUUUUACAGAGUCCAUAAAUUUCUAUAGAAUAGUGUAGUACAGAUGCUCAAAAGCAAAAAUGUGAAAUUGGAUUCUUUUAGGUUGCAGUUUUCUAUAUAUCUAUGUGGGUUUGAACUGCAUUGAACUCUGAAUAGAGCUUAGUUCUGAGCAAACAUGGCUAGAAUUGCACUGUUACUUGGAGUUCUAGGAUUGCUGAGUAGAAAAGCUGACUAUUAAACAGAUGUAUUUUGCAUGGGAAUAAAUUACAAAACCUAUUCCUUUUAUCAAUUAUUUAGAAUAAUCUCACUCUUCCUGAUAGUUUACUGAUUAAAAACUUCAGUUUAUUGCAAUGGAGAGAAUUCAUUACCAUUCGCCUCAACAAAGAGUUCUCUGCAUCAACUGUGUGGUAAGAUGGGAUGUGUGUCCUAGUUCAACUGCUGCUAUGAAGAUAAAAACCUGAGAAAGUGUGAUAUUUUAUGUGACUCAGGUCUUAAACUAUUAUUUCCAAGAGGGGUGACCAAUCCAGCUAGAUUGGUCACUUUCAGUAUCUGAAAAUUUGACUCAACAUUUUUUAAAGAAAGGGUUCAUAAAUUGCAUGAGGCAACUUCACCCCCAGCCUGCAUUGUAGAAGCUUUUUCUUUCUCGAACAAAAAUUUCAGAAGGACCAGUUAAAAACUAAACCAAUCAUAUCCUUUUCCAGACAUUAAAAAGCAAACCAAGGAAUUUGCUCUCUGUAAAACCAAACAAAACCUCAUAUUUCCUUUCUGGUGAACCUGCCCCUCCCAUCCUCAUGAGGGGUUUAAUUUAAAAAAAAAAAGCUUUAAUAUUCGAAAAGCUAGUAAACAUAUAGGCAAGCUUUUAGCAGAUGAUGGAGUUUCAUAAUAAGUUUCAUAAAAGUUAGUCAAAUUGUUAACACAGAAGAAACAUCUGAACCCUGUGGUUUCAGAAAUGACUUGCAUGGUUUCCCCAGUGUCAGGCCAAAGGAGGAAGGAAUGCUCUUUCUCUUUUUCAAAACCUUUUCAUAGUUAAUGUGGUUAAUAUGAACUCUUAGUGUUGCCAACCUAACAGCAAGUAACAUUAAUUCGAUUUCUCUUAAAUAUAAUGCAGAAGGUGGGGAACCAAUCACACCCAAAGUUUUCUCAAAAAGCCAUAUAUUUAUCCAUGGCCUUUAACUAUUUUUCACUUGGCACCAACAUAGCUAAAGAGCAAUAUCUUAGAGAUGGGCAGCUACCCCAUUAUUUCAUUUGGACUUGUUAAUAGGUAAGCAAAUUUGAGAUUAGGAUUCAAUCUGACAUGUUCUGCUUCGUUAGAGCUUCUGCCCAGAGUCCAAACCAAACAGUUAUUUUUUUUUAAUCUCAGAGCACUAACAUUUGGAUUCUCUACAUCUAGUCCCACCUUUGAAGCAGGUCAAGACUAAAAUAUAGGUGGAAGUUCCAAAGCCUACAAUGGCUUUAAAAUUCGGGCUCAAUAAACCCAAGUCGCAUUUGUAGUCAACUGAGAAGAUCUUCAGACAAAAUGACUUCUGUGGAGCAGGUGAGCUGUACUAGACUCCGUUUACCUGGAAGAAGACUUCAUUUCGGUCUCUGGGACAGGUGGCACUCUCUGCCCAUGUUCAGGGAACAGAAAAGGGGACCUGGCUCAGUAUAACCAGUUUCCUCCAAGCUCUGUUCUGUUAUUUGCCAGUCCUGCAGUCUUGUUGCCCACCACCAGGAACGGAGUGCCACUGACUUUUAGGGCGCUUUCUUUGACCCCUGGAAACCUCGCUUUGGAGACUUGGAUCCCAGGACCAUCUCAAUGAGACUUGCUAUUCCCAAGUAAACAUCGGGAGAGCUGGAGCAGUUUACUUGUCAGAAGUGAGUGCCACUGAAAAUCACCCGCGUGGAAGAAGGUAGGUGAUAUAUUAGAAGAAACUAACGGGAGGGGACGAAGAGAAGUAGGGAGGUAGAUGAGUCCCCAGCGUCCUAGAUCUUUCACGCCCAUAUUCCGAACGGGUUUGGCAAUGGCGCGCUCGCUGCUGAAGUACAAAGUUAGAGGGCGGAUUUGAAAGCGACCCAGGGCAUCUACCUCAUGUUUGCUAGACCUGGGCGAUCCCUCCGGGGAAGCGGGAGAUGUAAUUUGGCUGCUACGGCAAACUCAGCCGGAUGCCCUGCACCGCAGAAUCGCCAAAGGCAACUGUCCCAAGGCGGCCUUCGCCCAAGAGGUCCCAGCACAUGGAAAACAAAGGCGAACGGCGAGGAAGCAAUGAAAAGAUUUCCAGUUUAAACUCAAGACAAGUAGAGCACUAAUGGUUCCUGCUCUAUUAGUCAGGAAAUUUAUCAACUACAAAAGAUACGCACAUCAAUAACAACGGACCGGGGGGAAACCGCGUGAAGGCUCAUUUCACUUGAAGUUUCGGCCUUUCACUAGAGCCAGAGACCAGGGCAUUUAAAAGAGUAUCAACAAUUAUUAAUAGCAUCUGAUAAUGAUUCAUACAAAAUAUCAGUGAAUAGAAUCUUACAACAGUCUACACUGAAAAAGGACAACAGAAAUUACAAAAGCUUCAGAAUGAAUUUCAAAAUUCAUGGCAAAAGUGCCAUUAAGAACCAUCAACAAGAAUAUGCAGUUCUGUUUAAAAUAAAUCUGUAUUUAGUUGGAAACAGAAAAACAAGCAUACAAAUUUCAAAAAAGCAUUUAAUAACAUUUAGUUACAUUUUGAGGGAAAGAAAUUAUUUAAGGAGACUCAAUAUGUUGAUGAAUGCAAAUCUUAAAAAUUGUAAAGUAAAAAUGAAUUGGCAUAUUAAUGUGAGAAAGAAAUCUGAAGAUAACAAAUCACAUGCAUCAUAUUUUGAAAAUGGAUGUAAAUACAUGGAAACCAAAUCACCAAUGAGUUAUACGGCACAUCAAGCAAAUAUAUUAAGAAGUGAAGAACUGUUGCAAAAAAGUCAGAAAAGCUUGGGAAGUAUAAUGUUAAAAUUUAUAAAGCAACAUAAAGGAAAAGAGCAUAUUGAAAGAAACAUUUUAAAAGAAAAAUGUAAAAAUAGUAUUGAGAGAUUUUUAGCUUCUGUGAAAGAAACAAUUUGUAAAGUGAAUACAAAUGAGUACAGUAAAAAUUUGCACAGAAUAGUUUCUGAUGAACAGAAAAUAUUUAAUAGAGAAAGAAAUAUAUAUAUAGGAUUUAAAAGUUUACAACAGAAAACAAAUAUUAAAGAAAAAAUCAAGAUGUGGAAACGGAAAACAAGAAAUAAACAAUCAAUUUAUGCAAAUCAGAAGCUUCAAUUCAGAAAUUUAUUCACUUACCAAAAAAAUAGGCCCAUACAGAAGGUAUACUUAACUCAUAAAAAGACGUUUAACAUUCAAAAGAAAAAAAACCCUGUGUUUCAAACAAAAAUUUAUAGAGACAAACAUUUAAUACAAAAAUGGGGCAGUAUUCUCAGAAAAGAAAGUAAAUUUGGAGAAAAUGAAAGUGGGACUUUGUUCAAAAAUUGCUAUAUGCAUUUUUCCACAAUAAAUCUUAAGUUUUUAACAAUUACAAUAUGUAUGAAGCAAGAAUUUUUUAGCUCAAAGAAAUAUCAGACACAGCAAUUAACCCAAGUGAAAAAAAUGUUGCGAUAUCUGUUGCCAUCUUCAGAGAGAGUUAAAAAGAAGUAUUUUAGUCUUAGUCCGAAAGCACUUGAAAUGUCAUCUCUAAAAAUACCGAUGGUAAAAUGGCUUGUUAAAAAAGAGGGUUUUCCAGACUUAAUCUACUUCCACAAAGAUAUUUUUAAUGGCCCAUCAUCAACUGUUGAAAGAACCAAGCGAUCAGCAAAACAUAAAACUGAAUCAAUAUCAGUAGGUGCUUUGAGACAUUUAAGCAAUGCUCUUAUAGCAGGUGCUACAAUUUUUGGAAUAGCUCUGUUUAUUAUUGUGUUAGGAGGAUUUUACCUCUACCUUAAAAGAAGACUAGUUUUAAAAUUUUUGAAUACUGUUUUGAAAGAUGGAAAAUCCUCUUCCAAGUCUAAAUCUACUGAUUCUCAAGGUUAUGCCCCUAUUUCUGUUUCACAGAAUUUUCAUUUUGUACAACCAAAGGACUCAAGAAAGAAACAGACAGCAGAUGUAGAAGCCCUUGCCAAAACCAAUCAUGUUACUGUGAAAGAAAUAUAUGAUAGCACCGAUACAGAAGGAAGUUCAAAAAAGUCACACAGAGGUUUGACUGUGAGAUCCAGAGCAUACGUGUUUCCAUCUCGGUCCAAUGGAAGUGUACAAUCUUUCUAUGAUGAUGUUUGUGAUAUUUGCUCAGCGCAAUUUUCUUUAUCAGAUGAAUUUGUAGAAAAACCAUAUUCAAAUCUGCCCAGCACUACUCCCAAAGCAAAGGAAGCUGUUUCUGUUUCAUGUCAAACGAACCAUUGUUUGAAAGAUGAACAAAUCUCUGGUAUCAAUACCGAUAUGUCACCACAGUUCAAGAAACCAACUAUUUCAAGAUCAAAAUCUGAAAAUGAUAUCGUAAGGGCUUGUUCCAGUAAUACAUCACGUCCAGUACAAUCAUUGACUCAUGUUUCUGAAGUACAAAAUCCAUGAUCAUUAUCUUGAUAUCACAUUGAAAAAUUCUAAUUAAUCUUAAAAUGUUGAUGAUUCUAUUUUUUCGUAAAACAACAAAUUUCUUAACUGAAUACAGUUUCAUUAAGAAUAGCACACAAAGUUCUGUGACAGUCUUGUUCCAGCUUUAUAGGAAGUUCUCCAUUCUUGAUGCUCCAUUUUAAGAAGGCAUUUCUGGUUAAGGUUAGACAUUUUGAAUCUGGGAUAUUUUGACUACAAAAUGUUUUGUGGACUCACAAUAGUGUGUGUGUACAGAGAUGCAACAACAUAGCAUCCAUAAAACUUGUAGAAUGUAUUGUAUAUAAUAAUAAUAAAGUUGGAAGGGACCUUGGAGGUCAUCUAGUCCAACCCCCUGCUCAGGCAGGAAACCCUACACCAUUUCAGACAAA